AUGGCAGACGCAGAUCAUGGCUAUGUUCUCUAUCAGAGAGGAGAGGAAGCAGAAUCAGACAUCUGGGAUGACACAGUGCUAAUUAAAGCUUAUGACAGUGCAGUUUCAGCAGUGAAGGCACAAUUGGCGGAACAGCACCCUGAGUUUGCUGCUGCACAUCCUGGCACAAAAACAAAAAAGAAGAAACGAAACAAAUCCAAGUCCAAGAAGAAGAAAAGUGCUAACAGAGGCACAGGAAAGUGGAAGGCGGGAGAUCUGUGUCGUGCAGUGUUCACAGAGGAUGGAGAAGUAUAUGAAGCUCGUAUUUUGUCCAUUGAUGAAGAUGCAGAAACUUGUACAGUCAAAUAUAUUGGUUAUGGCAAUGAAGAAGAACUCCCAUUGUCCAGUUUGAUGCCACUGGUCAGCGAGGAUUCUUCCCAGGAUGUGAGGACGGACACAGCCAGUGAUACUGGAAGUGUCAGUCAUAUACCAACAGUACCUGAAGUGAAUGCUGGAAAACACAGAAACAAGAAAGCCUCAUCUAGUCAACAACACAACAGCCAGAAUAAACGUCGCAUGCCUAAAUGGCCGUGGGAUGGAUACAUCCCACCUCCUGUCUUCCCUCAGAUGCCGCCACAGCAGGUUCCAACAUUUCAGCCUCCACAGUUUCCAGGAUUUCCGCCUCCACCAGCUCCACACUAUCCCAGUUACCAGGCUGCAGGCCCUGCUCCACCACCAGUAAGUCACACUAGUCACGCUCCACCACCAAUGUUCCCGUGUGUUCCUCCACCACCCCCAUUGUUUACAGACCAGGGUGAGGAGAAUGAGGCGUUGUACAGCAUGCUGAUUUCUUGGUACAUGAGCGGCUACCAUACAGGAUAUUACCAGGGUCUCAAACACUCGGCUUCCAACACUGCUGCCGGGCAUGGAAUUCCAAGAUGA